AUUUCGUCGAAGAUUAGGUUUUCAGAGAACAAAAAAGAGGUAAGUGCAUCGUUUGUUUUCUUUCUAUUAAUCUAGGAUUCGUCUUCUCUCACUUGCCCCUUCGAUAAUCAAACGCUUUGUGAUAUUUUCAAUUUGAUUUGUUUCGUUAUAUUUUCAUUCAUAGAUUUGAAAUCCCAAAAAAAAAAAAAAACUGCAUCUAGAGAGGCCUAUUCGAUGAAUUCGUCAGACAUCUCGACCAUCUCGAAAAAGAUGGAAUCAAUGUCAAUUACUCACCGUGUUGUCCGACACGACAAGAGAUUACCACAGUCUAGAUAUUCUCCUUACAUUUUAGGGUCAGUGACGACUACUAUUCCCUACACUAAAGAGACUGAUCUUACCAUUGAGAGGCAGAAAGAUAAGGCUAUACGACUCGGAGUUGAGCUCUCGCUCUUUGUAGCUGAAGCAAUGUUCAUUUUAUCCGAUGACCUACGUUCUAUGUUACUCUUCUUUCCUUUGCUAGUGAAGUAUGCAGGGUACAAAAAUACUAAUGAUGGUCCCGUGGUAAGAAGGUUAUUUUGUGUUAUGCUAUAUGUGUUUGAAACAUAUAUCAAACCCAAGAAUGGAGUCUAUCAGGCUGAUGGCAAAUCCAUCCAACGGGAACUAAUUGGAAAGUCUCAUCAGAAUUUUAGUUUUGGGAUCAAAGAAUUGGAUCGCAUUGUUUUUGUUCUCGGGAAGAGAGAAAGCUCUUUUGCUGAUGUAGUAAAAUUACAAACUGAUUUUGAACACUACAACCAAGAGCUGAAGAAGCUAGAGGAGACUUUGAGGUCUGCCAAAGAUGUUUCAGAGGCGAAUGGGUUUGUGAGGGAUGAGAUAAAGUCUAACAUUCUUCAUUUGUGGAAUUCCCUCUUUGAAACACCAUCCAAGUUGAUACACCCUAAGGUUAGAAUGCUUGAGAUGUUAAGGCCUCUGUUGAACCAAUCAAGGGAGAGUAUUUGCUCUCGUCUUAUUGCUUCUUUACACAUAUGAAUCAGAGAUUCUUGGAUUCGAUGAUUUUUAUUUUCAUUCAUGGACACGUUAAGCUCUCUAGUGUGCUGAUAGAGAAAUAUGAAAAGAGUUGGCCAACUUUUUUUUUUUUC